GUUAAGCUGAUGGUUUGUUGUCAUAAGUAACAAGCUUAGUUUAUUCAAUUCAAAUGUUAAUUGCACUUUGCUAUUUGUUUAAUUGUUCCUCUUUUUUUGUUAAUUGAACAAUUUGUUUGUUUAAUUGGUUAAUUUGUUCCGGUAGAUUCAGUUUAGAAUCUGAAAAAUCUAAGCUUCUAUUUUUUUUUCUUUCAUAGCAAACAUUUGAUAUUUUUAGCUUUUUCUAUUCUUGGUGAUGGAUCAAUUUACCAUUUGGCUUAUUUAUUAAUCAUCGAAGCUUAACUGGUCCAAUAUUUAUCAUGGAAGAGGAAAAGUCUCUUAGGUUAACUACGUUCUUUGGCCAAACAAUUGAAAUACCUAAUAAUCAGCUGGCUGGACUAUCAAGAUCAAUCCAUGAAUUUGAUAAACUUGAUAGAGUUGGAGAAGGAACUUAUGGAAUCGUUUAUCGAGCUAAGGACAAGAUUACAAAUGAAAUUGUGGCCAUCAAAAAGAUUCGAAUGGAAAGAGAAAAAGAUGGAGCACCGAUCAGUGGUAUUCGUGAGAUUAGUAUUCUCAAGAAUGUUCGACAUGAGAAUGUUGUCCAUUUGAAAGACGUUGUCGUCGGUCGAAGUCUAGAUUCAAUUUUCUUGGUGAUGGAAUAUUGUGAACAAGAUUUAGCUUCUCUAUUGGACAAUAUGCCAAAUACAUUCUCAGAAGCUCAGAUAAAAUGUAUAACUAUUCAACUUUUCCGUGGACUUGCUCAUCUUCAUCAAAAUUUCAUCGUCCAUCGUGACCUGAAAGUUUCUAAUCUCCUAUUAACCGACAAAGGUUUCGUAAAAAUCGCCGAUCUCGGGUUAGCACGUAGAUGUAGUGUUCCAGCUCAACAAAUGACACCUCAAGUGGUUACCCUUUGGUAUCGAGCUCCUGAACUAUUGUUACAAUCAAAGAUACAGACAACAGCUAUCGAUAUGUGGGCAGCGGGUUGUAUUCUUGGGGAGCUUUUCCUUCAUAAACCAAUGUUCCCUGGUAAAACUGAGAUUCAUCAACUGGAAUUGAUUGUUGAUCUUCUUGGAACACCCAAUGAUCAAAUUUGGAACGGAUUCUCUGAUCUUCCAGUUCUUCGUAAUUUUAGCCUUAAAAGGCAACCUUAUAAUAACAUUAAACAUGUUUUCCAUUGGUUAUCACCGGCGGGUCUUCGGAUACUCAAUUUCCUCUUCAUGUAUGACCCAACUAGAAGAGCAACCGCUGAGGAAGCGCUACAAAGUUCUUACUUUAAAGAGCAGCCACUUCCCUGUGAGCCCGAAAUGAUGCCAUCAUUCCCUCAACAUCGAAUCCGUCGAAAGCGGAAUAUUAAAUGAUUCCAAAAUCCAGACAAACGGAAGAGGAAGAGGAAGCGGAAGAAACUAGAAAAAAGGAAAAUAAUAUUUAUUUUCUUUACUAAAUUGUUUCAUUUCCUUUCCAUGAUAAAUUUUAUACCAGAACGAGAAACGAAGCGCAAAAGUAUAUUGGAGAAAACAAUAAUUCUCAAUGAUUGUCAACAAUCAACAGAUCGAUAACAUUUUACCUGUGUCAUGAUCUAAUGAAUUACUAGAUUAAUCAUUGAAAUUACAUGGAAACAAAAGACAAAAGGGCAAAUCGAAACAAAAGUUUCUAAACCGGAAUGAUGGGAAAUAAAUUUCGAUUGCCGGUUAA